AUGAGGAGCAGCUAUAGCAUUCAGUCACAUCUUCUUCUGCUCUGUGGCCUAAUUUCACUUACAACACAAAAAGACGUACCAGACGCCUUCAGAUUUCCGCCUAGUGAAGCAGUGGACAAUGUUAAUCCGCUUAUUGGCAAUGGUGGGGACUCUCCAAAUGGGUCUGGAGGCAUGAUUCCGUCAACUUCGCCCCCAUUUGCCAUGACACGAUGGGUGGCCCAAACAUCUGAGAACUACGUAUCUGUCACUCCAUAUAAUUACACUGCGACAUCAAUCCAUGGCUUUCAAGCAACCCACCAACCAGCCAUCUGGAUGGGUGAGAGCGGUCAAGUGGUAAUAUCUCCAGGCGCCGGUCAGGUGCAACCUAAAUUCGACAAUCGAGGCAUGAGUUUCACUCACGAGAACGAAGUUAUCACUGCUAGUUACUACAGUGUGAACAUGAAUGCUAUUGAAGGGGGUCAAAUUUUAGCCGAACAAAGCUCUACUUCUCGUGUCGGACACCUCCGCUUCACGUUCAUUGAUACCCGUCAACCUUACGUUCUUGUUGAGGCUACUCGGGCUAGCGUUCUCGGGUCUUCAGACUCGCAUAAUCUGACUUAUCCUCAAGGUUCUAUAUUCAUUAAUCCUGACACUCGCGAAAUUUCUGGCAACAAUCCUGAGCGUCAGGACUUCAUUAUUGCGCCUGUUUCGACACCUGCAAAACAUUGGAGCGGAUAUUUCUGCGCGCGCUUCGACCAGCCUUUCGCCUCAUGGGGCGUUUCCAAAAAUAACACUCUUUUUGAUGGCCAGACAAGCGGCAAUGGCACACUUCUAUCAGGAUAUGUGUCAUUCUCACCUGAAGUGGUGGAAGUCAGUGUCAGGAUCGGCGUUUCAUUCAUUUCUGUUGAGCAAGCUAGAAAGAACUUAGACAUGGAGGUACCUGAUGGGAAUACGCUAGAAGACACAGCGACGGCGACUCGAUCAGCUUGGGCUGAGAAAUUGGAGUUGAUCAAGAUCAAAGGUGCUUCCAAAGAUCAACUGCAAACUUUUUACACCGCGUUUUUUCACACAUUGCAGUAUCCUUACGAGCAGAGCGAAUAUGGACAGUACUACUCAGGAUACGAUGAUGCCGUGCAUCAAGGAAUAUCAUAUACUGGAUACUCGAACUGGGACACAUUUCGUGCCGAAUGGGCAUGGCUUAUUUUAUUUGCGCCCGAAAGGAUACCAGGUAUGGUACAGAGUAUGUUGCAGGACUACAAAGAGGGUGGUCGACUCCCAAUGUGGAAGAACAUCGUUGAGACGAACAUCAUGGUCGCAACUCACGCAGAUUCCCUCAUUGCAGAGGCUGUCUUGAAAGGCAUGGCCGGGUUCGAUUUAGAGACCGCGUGGGAGGCUGUUUAUAGCGAUGCAACGGUGCCUCCGGUCAAUGAUACAACUACUGUAUACUUUGAUCGUCAGGAAAAUGUCGAUUAUGAAGUUCGUGCUGGCUUGACUUCGGUCUACGAAGAGAAGGGCUGGGUUGCAGACGACAUCCAUUCCGAAUCAGCGUCUCGAACCCUAGACUAUUCUUAUGACGAUUUUGCCGUAUCUGUGCUAGCAGGUCUCCUCAAUAAAAGCGAAGAGGAACGGUUUUUCCGACAGCGCUCACUGCAAAAUCCCUUUACUAUCUUCAACUCACUUACUGGUUUUAUGGAAGCACGCAACGCAAGUGGUGCAUGGGCGGGUCCCGAUAACGGGUGGACGGAAGGCGAUAAAUGGGCUUAUACAUCUGACGUGAUACACGAUACACCGGGAUUGAUCACUCGCAAAGGCGGUAACGCGACGUUUGUGAAAUUCUUGGACGAGCACUUUGAUGGUGGCCACAAUGAUCAUACCAACGAGCCAUCCCAUCAUAUUCCCUACCUAUAUUCCCUUGCUGGAGCUGCGUCAAAAUCUCAAUCACGUAUCCGCCAGAUUGCAGAGUCAAACUACAACGCUUCCGUCAAUGGCCUCUCCGGGAAUGAAGAUUGCGGCCAGAUGAGCGCGUGGUAUUUGUUUAGUGCAUUGGGAUUUUACCCUGUAAACCCUGUGUCAGGGUUGUAUGUGGUCGGGUCUCCAUUUUUUGAUGAAGUAGAGAUCCAAUUCCCAUUAUCUAACGCCACCGGCCUGAAAAUCAUUGCGGAGGGCGCACCGUCAAAACCAUUCGUAAAUUCGCUUACCAUCAAUAGCGCGGAUAUACCCAGCCCUAUCAUUUCGCACAACCAAAUACUCGACGGGGGCAGAUUUGAGUUCAUAAUGUCCAGCCGACCACAGGCCUGGGGGAGUAGCACUUUGAACAACAAUACAGAUUUAACCAACGAGCAAGGCAAAUCGCCACAAUACUACAUACAUGGACCUUGA